UCUUUCACCUCAGCUUUCUCGCAUGUUUGUUGAUAUAAUGGCAGCUCUAGCAGAAGCCUCCGAAACAAAAACUCCGGUAACGUCUCAAUUUUCAUGCAAAAUUUUAAUUAUUGGUGCUGGAAUUGCAGGAAUAUCAGUUGCUCACCAUCUUAUAAAGAAAGGAGAAACGGAUUUUAAAAUAUUAGAAGCUAGAAAUAGAAUUGGCGGUCGUAUAGUUUCCAUUCCAAUGGGUGUUGAUCAAGUUGAUCUUGGUGCCAGUUGGAUACAUGGAGUGAUGGAAAAUCCUAUCUACGAACUUGCUCUUUCAAAUGAACUAAUAAAUAUAACCAUAGAUCAAGAUCCCCAUGCGGUGGUUGCAACAACCGAAGAAGGGAAAAGAGUGCCCAUCUCUGUUGUAGACGAGGUUUACAAUGCUUAUUUCUGGUUCAGUAAAAGAUGUGAGGAAUAUUUUUUACUUCACUUGCACACACCACCAAACAUCGAAAGUGUGGGCAAACACCUAGAAAUGGAUAUUAAUGCCUAUUUACAACAAUACCAUGGUGAUGAGGCAAAUAUGCGCCGCAUGAUAUUCGAUCAUCUUCUAAGCAGGGAAACCUGCAUUACUGGUUGCCAUAGUAUGGAUGAAACAAGCCUUAGUGACUUUGGGAGUUACACAGAACUACCUGGUGGCAAUAUAAGCAUACCAGGAGGUUUUUGUUCCGUAGUUAAAAUUUUAGAAGAUAUCCUACCUAGGGACAGUGUAAGGUUACAAUGUGAAGUAAAACAAAUCAAAUGGAAAAUGAAGAAUGAUUCGAAAACUGACGAUAAUGAAAAAAGUGUUUGCAACAAAUCCAACCUCAUUUUAGUAACUUGUGGAGAUGGUACAAAUUGGUUAGCUAGUCAUGUAAUAGUUACUCUUCCAUUAGGUGUCCUUAAGGCUACUGCCAACGAUAUGUUUGAACCAAAACUGCCAGAUUAUAAAAUAGAGUGCAUAGAAAAUUUAAGUUUUGGUAUUGUGAAUAAAAUAUAUUUAGAAUAUGAUAGACCUUUUUUAAAUGCGGAAAUCUCCGAAGUUAUCACUUUGUGGAAAAGGACAGAGGAAAGUGAUAUUAGUAAGAUUUGGUUUCGAAAGAUAUAUUCGUUUCGUAGGUGUACUGAAAGUAUUCUUCUUGCUUGGGUCUCUGGGCGUGAAGCUGAAUUCCUAGAGACAUUGUCCGAAGAACAAGUUGCUGAGACAUGCACAGACAUUUUAAGAAAAUUUCUUAAUGAUCCAUACGUACCUAAGCCUUGCAAAGUUGUUUGCACAUCCUGGAAGUCUCAUCCAUUUAGCAAAGGUUCCUAUACUUACAUAGGCUUAAAAAGUUCACAAAGGGAUAUAGAACUGCUUGCAACUCCAAUUUACAGUGAUCCAUACCAUAGUAAGCCUGCUCUGCUAUUCGCUGGAGAGGCAACUCAUCCUACAUUUUAUUCUACAACCCAUGGUGCUUAUUUGUCAGGUCAGAAGUGUGCUGAUAUACUAACGGAACCAGAUUCUGACUCUGGUCAGAAACAAAGCAGACAAGUGGAAGCAUCUGAUAGGGAUCUUUCAUCAUGGAUCAAAGGAAUUGAUCUAAGUUAGAUAGCUUACAUCUUAUUUUUAGAUACUACUUAAGGCUGGGGACAGGCACCUUUUUCCAAGCAGACAUUAGAUACUGCAUAUGAGGCAUGUCUAGUGCACGAGGCUGUAUAAAAUGACCACCUCUGAGUAUGCCAUGGUAGAAAGUGAUCAAGAGGGCCAGGGUCAUUUGAAAUAACCCUUGGGUGAAUUAUGCAGAGAUUCUAUGGUAGAACCUGAAUAUUUAAAUUACUUCCUCAGAUUUUUUAAUCGGCUAUCAAGUUACUGGGCAAUCCUCAUAAAGAUUCUACUUUUGCCUGCCCUUGGCCUACUGCCAGUUAUUUGUUUUUACCUUUGCUCAUUAUUUUCACCUUAUCGAUUUAUAUAUUUUAUUUGGAAUAAACUACAUAUGAAAAAAUAUUCUUAAUUACUCAAGUUGUUUUUCGGCUAUAUGUAUUAUUACCAAGGCAAAAGUAUUAAUUAAUAAAAAACAGUCAAAGUUUCUUUAAACUAUUUUGUUGAAAUGUUUAAAAUAUCUAGUGUUUUAAUUUAUCGUUUUUAUAUUUUUUUACCAAAGUAUUGUUAUUGUUACACAUGUUGACUUUUUACUACGUUUUUAAAGAUAUUUAUUGAUGAUCAUGUCUAAUUUUGUCAUAAAUGAUGCUUGUUAUCGUCAUUAGCAGUUUUAUAAUAAAAUAUUAACUUCUUGAUUUUUAUUACACAUAUGACUACCAAUGCUUACUUAGAAUAUGACAAUUGCGUAUUCUGAGAUUACUUUUAAAAAGAUUUAAAAAAUGGUGGUAAAAAUUUUGGUGAUUAAAAAAGUUCCACAAAUUAUUUUCUGCUAAAGUAAAACAAUGACUUUUUCACCUGCUGAAAUAUUUAAUUUUAUUAUUUAUAACUGUCUGAUUCAUAUAACUCAUUCAUUCAUAUAGAAUUUACAGUUGUUAUGCAUUACCAUAAUUUUAUUACUGUUGAUAAGUGAUAAAUUCAUAUUGUGUAGUGAAUUUACAUCUGUUAUGUUAUUAUUAUCAUUAUAAUUUUAAAUCCUAAUGAAAAAUGGAAAACAAAUUAACUUAGCAUUGAGGAAAAUUUAUGAGUUUCAAAUAUUGAUCUAAUACUUACUGCAAUUUAAGAUAAAAUCUAAAAAAUUUAAAUUAGAAAAACUUUUCUUUAAAUAGCUUUAUCACAAUGGCAGGCCAACCAACUUUUAUGAAUUUUUCACAUUCUUUAUAAAAAUUGUUCUGUUUUAUAUACAGAAUUCAUUCUUUACAAUUUUUCCCUAUUUUUUUCAACAAAAAAAAUAACAGAAUUUUGGCUAUUUUUUUAUUUAUUUUUUUCCGAUUUAAAGUAAAUUUUGCUAAAUUUUAGCAAUCUUUCAUGAAACAUGUCGUACAUAUUUUGUUUAAACUUCAAGAUUUUUUUUUCCAGUAAUUAGUUUCAUUAUUUAGAAUUCGCUAAAAUAAGUAAAUUUAUUUUUCUAUUUGUGUUCAAUAAAUGGUGAAUUUUUCUCCUUAAAAAAAUUUUAUUCACAAUACUGUGUUUAAGUGCAAAGACUGUAAGUUUUUCUUUUCUUUCUUGAAAGUUAUAAGAAUUUUAUCCCCAAGAACUAUUAAUGAAAAUUUAAUUAAAUUUAAAACAUUUUGCAGUGCAUGUAAAAUAAUAUUUUUAACAUAAAAUUGUAAACUUCUAAUUGAUUUAUUUAGUAAUUAAGAUCUUUUUUCCUUUGAAAAUAUUAAUACUAGAAAUUAUGCAACUAUUUUAAAGUAGUCAAGUUUCACAUUUUUUUUUUCAUCCUUUAGGAAAUUAAAUUCACUUUGUAAUUGUACUAAAUCUGAUUAAGAUUUUGUCUUGUAAAUGUCAAUGUGUUUAAACUUGUUUUGUACACACAGCUUUAUUGCUGUUUUUAUUUGAGCUGUAGUCAAUGCUUAUUCUGCCAAAAUAUUAUAAUUUUUGCCAAGUUUAUUUUAGUCAUGGGUAUAAAACCCUGCCAAGUUCAUUUAAAGAAAUUAAGAAGAUUCUAAAAUGUA